AUGUCAUCGACGACCACCACCACCGCAUACACGGACCUAAUCUCGAGGACCCGGCGCUCGUUCGCCACCGGACGGACUAAAGACAUAACUUUCCGCAAAAACCAAUUGACGGCUUUGUAUCGCUUUCUGGUGGACAACGAGUCGCUCAUAGUGUCGGCGCUCAACGAAGACAUCCGGAAGCCGUCAUUCGAGACACGAAUGGCUGAAAUAGACUUCUGCCUGAACGACAUCAGGGGUCAGUUGUUUAACAUCGAUGAGUACGCCGCCCGUAAGGCCGUGCCCAAGACGUUGGUGACCAUCGCCGACCAGCCGUUCAUACAGUCGGAGCCCUACGGGCUGGUGUUGAUCAUCGGCGCCUGGAACUACCCGAUUCAGGUGACCCUGAGUCCGCUCAUCGGUGCCAUCGCUGCCGGAAACGCUGCGAUUGUGAAGCCCUCGGAGUUGUCGCCAAAGACGGCCGAACUCUUCCGCCAACUGAUCCCCAAAUAUCUCGAUAACCAGUGCUAUCAUAUCGUCUUAGGCGAUGCCGAGGACACGAAACAAUUGUUGACCGAAAAGUUUGAUUACAUAUUCUUCACGGGAAGCAAUCGCGUCGGCCGUUGCGUCCACCAGUCGGCCGCCCGCCAGUUGACGCCCGCGACCCUCGAGUUGGGCGGUAAGAGUCCCCUCUAUAUCGACGACUCGCUGCCGGACAUGGAGAUGGGUUGGCGCCGGGUAUUGUGGGCUAAGAUGAUAAACGCCGGCCAGACGUGUGUGGCGCCCGACUACGUCCUGUGCACCGCCGGCGCCCGCAAAAGUCUCGCCCACUUCGCCGCCAAAGUGUUGGCACAGUUUUUCGGCGAUAACCCGAAAGCGAGUCCCGAUUUCGGCCGCAUUGUCAGCGACAGACACUUCGAGAGGUUAGCAAAGUUUUUGACGUCCGGCAAAAUACUCGUCGGCGGCGACACAGACAUCGCCGACCGAUACAUAGCGCCCACCAUCUUGACGGACGUCUCGCCCGACGACGCCGUCAUGCAGGAGGAGAUCUUCGGACCCAUACUGCCGGUGCUGGUGGUGCGCGACGUGGACGCCGCCAUCGACUUCAUCAACGCGCGCGAAAAGCCGCUCACUUUAUACGUCUUCUCGACCGCCGAUGGUGUCGUCGAUAAGAUACUGAACAACACGUCCAGCGGAUCCGUUUGCGUCAACGACGCGAUGAUACACUUGACGGUCGACGCCCUGCCCUUCGGAGGUGUGGGCAACAGCGGUAUCGGCGCCUAUCACGGGAAGUACUCCUUCGAGACUUUCUCGCAUCAAAAAUCUGUGCUGAUCCGUGGCUAUAAUCCGGUGCUCGAGUGGGUGGGCUCUAAACGCUACCCCCCUUACAGUGAUAAUCGUUUGAAACGUUUGCUGCGAUUAUUGCGUAAACGAAAGUCUUAUGUCCCAAAGAAUACCAUCUAUUACUUGAUAUUCAUAUUUGGAUUCAUCUCGUGUUUCAUCUACAAAGCGAUUGAAGACUAUUUGCUGUAA